CAUUUAUUAACAAGUGUGUUUUUUUUAUAUCAGUGUGUGUGUGUGUGUGGUUUGUGUCCAUAAAUCUCUGCUGCCCAUACAAAUCAUUUUGUUGCUUCUUCAUUACAAAGCUGCCAUUAUAGAGAUAGGUUUUUUUUCAAAAUUUAAUUUAAAUUAACAAUAGCCACCGAAUAUAAAAUGGCUACUUUAUCACCGUUUAUCAAAACGGUACCAUCUUCAUCAUCAACAUCGAUGAUUACGAACCAUAGUGGAACCAUUACGAAAACAUCACCAUCAGGUUGUCUUUCAUUAUUAUCAAGCGAUAUUGAAGAAGAUUUAGGCAUACUUGAUUUAAAUGCACGGGAAUUUAAUUAUAUUUGUCGCCAAGAAUAUUGGCUAUUAAAUGAUGAUGAAUAUAAUCCUGAAACAAAUUUUUCCUAUGAUAUUGUACUCGAAUGGAUUGAUGGUUAUACACCAAUGAAAUCUGAUGAAGAUUAUAAGAAAUUUUUUCAUGUUACCAAUAAUGAUAAUAAUCAUCAUCGUUUUCAACAUAAUUUAUCAAUAAAUGGACAUAAUUCUCAUAGAAACCAUUUGACGCCAAUAAAUGGCUAUAAUCGUUUCGAUUAUCUUACAAAAUCUUCGGCUAUAUCACGUACAGCAACCAUAACGAAAAGAAAAAUUGAGAAUAUCAAUAAUAAUAAUGAUAAUCAAUUAAAUACUCCUACCGAUUCUUCGUCGAUGAAUACUACGGUACGUUAUGGUACUAUAACAAAAGGAAUGAUAGCACGUCCAUUUUUGACUAAUAAUAUUCAUACUCGAGAAAUAAAUCGAACGUUUGAUAUAUUCGAAUCAAAAGUUGAAUUCAAUGAAUCGCCCACAAUAUCAAGUUCGGAUGAUAAUGAACAAAUAAGUACAUUGAAUAUUAAUACUCCUAGCAAUAAUCAUAACCCAAUAAAUACGAAUACGAUAACAAGAACUAAUCGUCGCGUAUUAAAUGUUUCUUUGGAUGUUGUUGGACGUAACCAUUCAAAUAUACAACAACGUCUAGAAUGUGAUCUUAGCAAUUUAUCAACAUCCGAAACAGAUCACGGUAGUGAUUCAAAUCAGGUCAAUAAUCUAAUGACAACAUCGGACGAUGUAGUCGAAGAAUUUGGCCUUUCAUCAGACAGUGGCCUUACAGACAAUAAUGAUCUAAAACGACCAUCAUUGAAUCGUACGUUUGACAGAAACAAUGAUGAUGAUGAUGAUAGCCAAAUUGUCAAUAAUUAUAGCCAAACAUUGGAUGCAUCUGAUCGAAAUUAUCCAACAAUUUCUCGAAAUACUUCUAGUACUUUGUUUUUACGACGUGAAGCAAGUCAAGGACAGAUUAAUAACAAUAGAAUUAAUAAUAUAAAUAACCGAACUAUAAGCAGAACACCACAACCAAUGAAACAAGUAUAUCUGGUAUCAUCUAAUGACGAUCUUCUUAGUUCCGACUGUUCAACAUUAUCCUUAAGAUCAUCAACAAUGUCUGGUGGUCGUAGUGAACCGAAUUUAUUGGAUGCACAAAAACGUACAACAAAUGGCUCGGCUCAAUUAUCGAUCCAUAAUAAAAAUCAACAACAACAGCCAAAACCUCGACUAUCACAGAUACAAGUGAUCCAAGCACCGAAAUUUCAAAGUCGCCUAAUGGGUCCGACUGGUAUAGCGGUACCUGCUACUAAUGGUAAUCGAAUAUCACGAAUUGCACUACCAUCGACAAAUGGUGUUUCAUCACAACCAUCAUUGGUAAACAUUCGUAGCAGUGGCAUUCCUGGAAAUAAAACUACAUCCAUAAGAUCUACCAAUAGCUUUGGUAGUAUGGGUUCAAUACGUGAUCAACAACUUCGUCAGAAUCAUCCAUCUCAACAACAAUCAAAUCAAUUUCAAAUGCCACGAGCUGUUAGCCAGAUUAAGCAUCCCAGUUUAUGGAAACAACAAGGGACAAUUACAACGGCCAAAUUUAAUCAACAAUUACGAACAAAUGCCAAAUCAAAUAAAAGACAGCCGAAUGCUCAACAAUUGCAUGGAAUCGGCGGCACACGUUAUGGUAAUGCCAGUGGUGAACAUAGAUAAAUCAACAAAUCUAUGUCGACAGCAGCAGCAACAACAACAGCAACAACAUCAACAACAACAAAAACAAUUGAAUCGUACAAUAAUCACCGCCACUGCACAUCAUCAACCAUCGAGAGGUUUCAAGAUUAAUAGUUGUGACGGCUACGAAGAUAAUUCAUGGCAAGAUGAUUGUUAUUGAAUAAAAAUCAAUAAUCAUUCUAGUCUUUCUAAAUUUAAACCAACAAAAAAAAACAAAUGCAAUUGGUGAUGUGAUUGAUGUUCGAAUUUAUGAAAUGUCUACUAAACAUCUGAAUGUCUACUAUUAUUUAACUAUUAAAUACUGAUAUUGUAAUAAUUGUUUUAUUAU